AUGCCAAUCGCACGCUGGGCCUUCAACAUUAGACAGCCAUUGUUGCUCGAGAAUGUCGAGCCCCUGGUCACAUCGCUCACGGACGACGACAGACCCAACAUCGUCCCUCUCUCAAAUCUCCUCAACUUUCUUCCGAAGAUCGAUUGCGACCGCGUUCUCCAGUUUCGCCUCGAGGACGACAUGCGGCGGGCGCUGAUCGGCCGUUUGAUGAUCCACAGCUUCUUUGCGGCCCACCAUGGCUGUCGAUGGGACCAGCUCGUCUUUUCCCGAUCCGAUACGAACAAGCCUAUCCUGUUACAACCCGAGCACUUGAAAAAAGUGAGCUUCAACAUCUCCCAUCAUGGAGAUUGGGUCAUCCUCGUCGGCGACACGUCCUUGGAGAGCACGGUCCGUCUUGGAGUUGAUGUCAUGGACUUCCAGGAGCAGGUCCCAGGAGAAUCUUUCGAAACAUUUUCCGCGUGUUUCUUGGAUCAGUUCACGGCAAUGGAAGUUGCAUUCAUGACAGACGCCCCUGCAGACCCAUCAUCACCCUCGGGAACAGCGCCUCAAUUGAAGCGAUUCUACCGGAUGUGGUGUCUCAAGGAGUCAACAGUCAAGGCUCUUGGCGUAGGCAUUGAUUUUAACCUCAUGUCAUUCGAAUUUGAAGUCCAGGAUGAGGAGGAAACUACCAAGCCAACACUAUCAACAAGGAUCCAAGUUCACGAGCCUUCGUCCGAGUUCCCAGAGAAGGGCUGGUCGUUUGAGGAAGCUUUGCUCGACGCAGAUCAUUGUUAUGCAAUCGCAGCACAGUCCGAGAUGAAGGGAAGUGGCCCUAUCAUGGAUGGAUCCGAGAUCAAGCGUCUUGACUGGAAAGAGCUCCUUAAAGACGCGGUCCCUUACCCGCCGCAAUUUUCAUAA